ACCUACUAGAAGAAGAAGAAGUAUUAAAAAACCUCUUAAAGCAGCAAUGCAGGAAUUCAUUUUUGUUUUUGUCUGGUUAAAAUCUAUUUAUCUUCAACAACAGCUCGACAGGAUGUGGAUUUUAAAUUGCGGAGCUUUUUCGGCCAUGGGGCAGAUUAAACGAUGCUAUGUGGAGAGGAUGUGACAUCUCAUGGAGCAACACGGUGCGUGGAGGCUGUGGAUCAUAGAGUACGCCUGGGCUCACAACAUGAUUGAUGUUUUCCAAGAUGUUAAGGCUCUCUAUUGGCCAGAUGGAGACUGGGAAAUAGGCUUAUUGAGCCUGGAUGAGUCGUGGCAUGUCCGUGUUGUGUCUGCACAAGUCUACACUAUCGUCAAAAACAGAAAAAUCUAUCACUAUGAGAGAGUGCUUGCCUUUUUGGAGCACAUUCAUACUCUGCUGCCCACACUGGUGCCUGCCAUCAAACAUAUGAAGAUUGUAUUUGGCCUCAAAACCAUGGUGAUUAUGUGGAUGCUAAGAGAAGGCAUCGGACCCAUCAAUGUCGUGCAGAAAAUUAUGAAAUACUUUCCAUCUAAACUACCUCAAUAUGAACAUUGUAGGAAACAUGAGAUGUAUCUUAUGAGAAGAAACCAGCUUGACUUCAGGACUUUUGCUCAGUCACUGGUCAUGGACAAACAAAGGCUUGAAGACUAUAUCCAGAACCAUAUGGAGGAACAGUAUGGAGAGAAUUAUGCUCAAAAGACAGAGGAAAGACUGCUUUACUAUCUACGUGAACUUGACAAAGCUUUGCCACAAUGGACCUAUAUUGAUAAGAUCAUGAAGAAAAACUCUCCUGUAAAAGAAGAUGAGAAAGCACUGUUGGAUUUAAUCAGUGAUGACUUGAGGACCACAGCAUCGACUCUGAAAACACUGCUGCACUCAGAACAAGAAGUUAUGAUAUGAUAUGAAAUGACCAAAAGCUAGUAACUAGAAAGACGAUUUAUUAAUUUGCCACAAACAAACAAGAACUGUACUGAAUGUUGAUGGUGUAUCCAGUGCAUGCACAUUGCACAUUUUAAAAUGUUAAACUUCUCUGAUGCCACAUCUUUUUGUAACAGUACAUAAUACAGGAUAUGCAUACUGCCAUUUAAGGUAAUGUAUAUCAAAACAUAUCCAAAACAAUAUUACUAAGGUUGUUUUCAUACGCUCUGUGGAUCGACGCCAGUACGGCGUUGGCCUUGUUCAUACACACUGCACAUUAUUCACCCCAAACAUCGACAUGAGCCAUGUGAGAGUCCAUCAGCUGAUUGCCAAACUCAUUUCUAUGACAACGAGCUUCAAGCAGACAAAAUACACAUGCAUGUGAUUGCUUCCCCUAGACGCAGUGGUGAUUUUGUUCACCUGUGGCUACACCGUGAAGACUGUACACACUGGUGGUGGAGGAGAAAAAGCUUUUUGAAUGACCGGGGCCGAGUGCGCGGGCAGCAGUGUAAGUGGGGACUCCCAGACUUCCCACACCCCAGACAGGUCCUUCAGCUCCUCCAGUGGGAUCCCAAGGCGUUCCGUGGCCAGCCAAGAGAUAUAGUCCGUCCAGUGUGUCCUGGGUCUUCCCGGUUGGACAUACCCGGAACACUUCCCUAGGGAGGCGUCCAGGAGGCAUCCUGAACAGAUACCCGAGCCAGCUCAGCUGGCUCUUCUCAACGUGGAGGAGCUCCGAGCUCCUCCCCUUAUCUCUAAGGGAGCACUCGGCCACCCUGCAGAGGAAGCCCAUUUUGGCCGCUCAUAUCCUUUGGGUCAUUACCCAAAUCUCAUGACCAUAGGUGAGGGUGGAAACAUAGACUAACUGGUAAAUCGAGAGCUUUGCCUUUGGACCCAGCUCCUUCUUUACCACGACAGUCUGAUAGAAUGACCGCAUCACUGCGGACACUGCACCGAUCCACCUGUCAAUCUCAUACUCCACACUUUCCUCACUUGUGAACAAGACCCCGAGGUACUUGAACUCCUCCACUUGAGGUAAAGAUUCAGGAGGAGCAGUGCAUUUUUUUCAUCCCAGUCGCAGAACACUGGACCAGCUCUACACUCCAUCAGGUGCUCGAGGGUUCUUGGGAGUUUGCCCACAUGUGUUUUGUGGAUCUGGAGAAAGCAUUAGACCGUGUCCCUCUUAGUGUCCUUUGGGGGUGCUCCGGGAGUAUGGGUUUCGGGGCCCUUUGCUAAGGGCUGUCUGAUCCCUGUAUGACUGGAGCAGGAACUAUGUUCGCAUUGCCAGCAAUAAUUCAGACCUGUUCCUGGUGCAUGUUGGAGGGAUGCCCUUUGUCACUGGUUCUGUCCAUUGUAUUUAUGGACAGAAUUUCUAGACACAGCCAGGGGCCGGAGGGGAUCUGGCUCGGGAAGCACAGGAUUUCAUCUCAGCUGUUUGCUGAUGACGUUGUCCUGAUAACUUCAUGGAGCCAGGACCUGCAGCAGGCACUGGGGCAGUUUGCAGUUGAGCGUGAAGCAGCUGGGAUGAGAAUCAGCUCCUCCAAAUCCGAGGCCAUGGACUGGAAAAAGGUGAUUUGCCCUCUUCAGCUUUGCCUCAAGUGGCAGGAAGAGACGUGCCACUGAUAUUAAAUUGCUCCAAAUCACCUCGACGAACAGCAGUUCUGCAACGUUCAUUUGUACAAAUGUACAUGAUCUGAGCACUUUUUACCCAUUUCCAAGCACUUUUACUGUCACAAAAGACUGCGUAGGUUGCAAUCACACCUGACUCGCCCCACUCCAGAGUGGGAGUAGAGCCACUCUGAGAAUUCCUGUUUCAAGCUUUUUUGGACCGGCCGUUGGUGCGACUGUUGAGUUUACACUGGCUCAAGUACACCGCUUUCGGAGCAAAUGCUCUUUUCACAGUGCUAGUGCGCUCUGUGGUGCGACCCCAGUGCAUACUAGAUUUAGUUCUGUUUACUUUUGGGUCAGCCUUGUUCACAUGCACCACACAUCAUUCACCCCAAACACACACCAUGAGCCAUGCAAAAGUCCAUCAGCUGUUCAUCAAACUUAUAUCUAUGAUAGCACAUUGUGACAAAGUGGGCCUUUGUCCCUUUUUAAUAUUAUCAUUUUGUUUGUUCACACAUAUGUUCAUUUUCAAUAAUGUUCCUAUAUAAACCUAAGUAGAACUAUCCUGGGUUUGUUUUGUUUAGUUUUUCAGUUAAAUCACCACACACUUGUUAGUUUCAAAAUAUUUUAUUUGGUUAAAUGCAGUUAAUUCAGUUGGUGUCAAUUCAGUUUAAUACAGCAAUUCACUUACCUGAAUCUCCACAUGGUCCAGACAAAGAGGGGGUGUGCCCUAUGUCGGCCAUUUUUAUAGGUUUGGGUGUGGUCGUAGGGCAGACCAUGUGGAGGGGAGAACUGGUUUAAGUUUGUUUAUUUCUUUGUGUCAAUGUCUAAUGUAUUUUGUUUCAAUGUUUUAAGUGUUUAUAGUUAUUUUGUUAAACACUAUUUAGUUAAGGGACUUGGGCCCUGAGAGAUGGUUUUAAUAUAAGAUACAGCUAAUGUUAUACCCACAGCACCUGUGGAGGAUAUGGUGUAUAACGGGAGGAGGUGCUUCCUGUACAGGAGGGUAUUUAAGCAGGGCUAAUUGGACAUUAGAGAGAGACAUCAGUGUAGCCAGGGUACACGUGGAUUUUUCUCCUCAGUUUUUUUUGUAUGUUGAGCACAGUUAAUUUUUUGUAAAUAUGUAUGUUGUUUUUUUGUCCAUGGUGUACCACAAUGUUGCAAAUAAAUAUGGUAAAAUGGG